CUUCAGCAAUACAAUUUUGUCCAUGAAUUCCGUGAUAUGUAUAAAGCUUAUCAAGAUGAGCAAAGAAACUCUACAGAAGUGGCAGCUCCAAGGUCGCUUUCGAGAUGAACUUGGAAGUUAUAAACUCUAACAUCAUGAUAUGUUGUGUUACCAUACAAUUUCCGAAAUAAUUUAUCAUAGUUGAGUUGAAAUCCCUGCUUUUUAUGGUACUGAAAUAAGUAUUAUUGUAAUUGUAUAUAUGGCACUGGAAUAGAGAAAAAUUAUGGGAUAACAUAUCAGCCUAGUCAUGAGGACGUUUCGGCUCAGUCAAACUCUCCCUGUGUGUUCAUAGUGGAGAGUUUGCUUACAAGCCAAUAGAUAUUGUCUACCUUCUAUGUCUAUGCCACUUACAGAACUUUUAGUUCCAAGGAAUGCAAAUGCAUUUCUUUGCCUCAGUUAAUAUAAGUAAUAUAAAAACUGUAUGUUAUUAACAACAAAAUUAUAAGGGAUGAUACCCCCCCCCCCCAAUCCACCUACCCCCAGUGCCUCGUUCAACAUUUGGAAUACCACCGUAUGUAGUGAUUUUUAUCAUAUAAUAAGUUUGAUGUUAAAAUUUUAAUAGAGCAAGUCGUAUUUGUAACAUUAUUACAUACAUAUUAUUAUUCAUUCAAAAUAUUUCCCCGAUUCUGAUUGGCUAAAAGCACAUGCAUAAUUCACCAUAACCAGUUUCUGAUGACCAAAAAUGGAAGAAUUUUGUGUUUAAUGCGGAAAUAGCGUCAAAAAUGCACUGUUCAUGCAGGUUAAGGCACCGUUAACCGCGAGGCUGUGAAAACAAAAAUGGCUGACAUUUCACUCAUUUCAAGAGUAAGAACUAGCGAAAAAAAAUAGCUAAAAAGAUGGCAAGAACUGCAAGAAGACAACACGAAGGGGCGACAUCUACUAUUUGGAGAAUAUUUGUGGAGCUGGACAAACCUAAACGUGCACUAUCGAAGGAUCGAUGGAGGUAAGCAUGUUUUAGCAAUGUUUUUAAACUAGGAAUUAUUUUGAAUGAAUAAUAAAACGAUUAUUGAAUUCGGCUUUCGUACCAUAUGAACAAUUAUGGAGAUCUCGGAGGGUUUAUCCGCCUCGUCCGGAUAACACCCUCUUCGAUCUCCAUAAUUAUUCACAAGAUACUCAGCCUCAUUCAUUAAUUGUUAAAUAAUGCACGUUAAUAUGGUGUAUCGUUCGUGUAGCCUUUCUAACUAGUUCUGCUUUUGUAUAUAAUAAGUUUGUUCAUCAGAAAUGCUGUUGCAAUAAGAAAUAGACCUAAUAAAAUAUGUGUCACUAAAACUAUUUCGACUGCUUAACCUUUUUGCAUUUUUGUUUUCUUUCAUUUUAAAUUUUCAUAAUGAAAACUGCGCGAGUCUUCCUACUUCCAUCCGCAUUACUGAUGAGCGUAGUACCCGUGAUUGUUUGAUUUAAAUGAACCCGAAAAUUCAGAGGUCGUCCCAAUAAUUUCACGGUGGUACUGGUGACAAAAGUCUCAGGACACUACAAAUGCAAUAAUCUUUUUUUCUUUUUUGAUGCGGAGGGGGGCGUGGCUUAAAUUCAUUUUUGCCUUUUAGGGACCAGUCUUUAUUUAUCGCUUGGUGGGGGGAAGGAUUUUAGAUGGGAUCACUAGAUUUUUGGGAGAACAAAAGGGGGAAUCAGUCAUAACUGAGGGCCCAAAAGGGAGGAUCGCUGAAAACUUUGGAAGGAUUCAGAGGGUCAUCACUCAAAUUUGCUUGAAAAAUGAAGACAGGGGAGGGAUCGUGAAAGUAAUCAAAAGUUAUUAGGGGGGAUCACUUCAGCGAAAUAACAUUCAAAGGGGGGAUCAGCUAAAUUUCUCCUUGUUUAGCCCCAAAUCCUCCCCCUGGCAAUAAAUACUGACCAGUCCUCUAUAAUCUGUUAUUAAUGGUACCAUUUCUCCAAGAACAAUUCAACCGGUGCUAACAGUUUUUGAAAACAACAUAGACAGAUGAAAGUUGGGUAACAAAAGAGUUUCCAAAGUGGAAGGCGGGAAGCAGUAUUUAGGGUCCCAACACCCCUAAAUUAAAAUAUACUCAUCAUUCUAGAGGUUUGACUACUACAAGUGCAUUAACCUGAAGGGUUGCACUUUUUAAUUUAAUUUAAUUAAUUUAAUUUCAAAACUUAUAAGGUGUAAAUAUCUAUAUAAAUAUAUUCAAAUGCGCCACUUUUUAUGUGGAUUGUAACACUUAACUGGAUAAAACGUUACAAGGUUGUGAUGUCAAAAAUACCUUACCUAAGAGACCUUUCCCACUUUCCUGUCAACAAGGGCAUAAGAGUCGAGGCCCAGGUGGACAUAAUACAGUGAUUUGUAUGAAAUUGUCAACCCGAGCCUCGACCUCAUUUUUUUAUGUUUGCUCACUGGUGCGGAAUGCGGGAAAGGUCUAGUAAUCAAUUCAAUUCUCAUUAUUUCAAUUCUAAAGGAUAUUUAUUAAGUUCUUAAGGCCUCAUCUAUUCGGAGAAAUGUUGAUACCCCCUACCAAAACAACACUGGGCGAGUCAACUUUUCAUAAAAUUCCUUUGAAAACGUGGCUUGCCUAGAAGGGUGACCCGCCUAGCUGGGUCACCUUUUUCUGAUGGUGGAGUCAUCCUCUUACAUGGGUCACGUUUCUCUAUAUAAACACUCAGUCAAAGCAAGAUAGUGUAGAAUUCGCAAAUGCUGUUGGCUCUCGCAAAGUUGCAUGAAGGGGUCAACUUAACUCACAUAAACACUUGCUCAAGUUGACUUGGCUGUUGUGAUAAUUUUUGGGACUUUCAGAAAAAUGAUGGGUUAACCCCUUGGAAAAAUCCGAUUUUUUUUAGUAAAGACAGGCUUUUUUUUUAUCGAGAACAGCAUAUUGUCUUAAUUCUGGCUCUAUUUCAAACAAAAAUUUGAAUAAAAAAUUAUGGAAUUUUUUGGCCAAAAUCAUGGGUUAACCCUUUUGGGAAAAUCCAAUGUUUGGGAUUUAAAUAAAGAACAUUUUUAUAACAAAGAAAGGCAUCUUUUUUAUUAUCUAGAACAGCGUUUCUGUCAAAAAUUGGCAAUUUCUCCAUUUUGUACUUUUAAGCAAAAUACGCCAGGAAAAUGUGUUUCAAGAUAUUCUAGAAAGAAAAAAAAGCCUUUCUAGACUAUAAAAUCAACAACUUAAAAAAUUCGAAAAUUGGGUUUUUUUAAGGAAUUGCGAAUUUUUCCAUUUUUUUAUUUUAAGCAAUAUACGCCAGCAAAAUGUGUUUCAGGAUAUUCUAGAAAGAAAAAAAGCCUUUCUGGACAAUAAAAUCAACAAGUUAAAAAAGUCGAAAAAAGGAAUUUUUCUAAAGGGGCUAGUCCAUGGUUUUGUUCAAAAAUUGGCAAUUUUUUCAUUUUUUUUAUUCUAGGCAAAUUACGCACAGAAAAUGUGUUUCAAGAUAUUCUAGAGAGAUAAAACGCCUUUCAAGACUAUAAAAACAAGAAGUCGCAAAACUGGGAUUUUUCCAAAAGGGUUAGUCUAUGGUUUUGGUAAAAAAUUUCGAAUUUUUCCAUUUUCUUAUUUUAAGCAAUGUACGCAAGGAAAAUGUCUUUAACGAUAUUCUAGAGACAAAAAACGCCUUUCUAGGCCUUAAAAACAACAAGUUGAAAAAAGUCGAAAAAUUGACAUUUUUCCAAAGGGUCAAACCAUGGCCAUUUUUUCACCUUUCCUUUUUUAGGCAAUACAGGCCAGGAAAAUGUCUUUUAUGAUAUUCUAGAGAAAUAAAACGCCUUUCUAGGCUAUAAAAACAACAAGUUGAAAACAGUCGAAAAAUUGAAAUUUUUCCAAAGGGGUUAACACAUGGUUUUGGUCCAAAAAUGGCCAUUUUUGCAACUUUUUUUUUUAGGCAAUAUAGGCAAGGAAAAUAUCUUUUAUGAUAUUCUAGAACGAAAAAACGCCUUUCAAGGCUAUAAAAACAAGAAGAUCAAAAAUUGACAUUUUUCCAAAGGGGUUAACCCAUGCUUUUGGUCCAAAACUAGCCAUUUUUUCAACUUCUUUUUUUUUGGCAAUAUAGGCCAAGAAAAUGUCUCUUACGAAAUUCUUGAACGAAAAAACGCCUUUCUAGACUAUAAAAAGAAGAAGUUCAAAAAGUCGAAAAAUUGAUAUUUAUCCAAAGGGGUUAACCCAUGGUUUUUGUCCAAAAAUGGCCAUUUUUCCAAUUUUUUGUUAUAACGCAAUAUAGGCCAGGAAAACGUCUUUUAUGAUAUUCUUGAACGAAAAAACGGCUUUUUUAGACUAUAAAAAAAGAAGUUCAAAAACUUGAAAUAUUGACAUUUUUCCAAAGGGGUUAACCCAUGGUUUUGGUCCAAAAAUAGCCAUUUUUUCAACUUUUUUUUAAAGGCAAUAUAGGCCAGGAAAAUGCCUUUUAUGAUAUUCUAGAACGAAAAAACGCCUUUCAAGGCAAUAAAAACAAAAAGUUCAAAAAGUCGAAAAAUUGACGUUUUUCCAAAGGGGUUAACCCAUGGUUUUGGUCCGAAAAUGGCCCUUUUUCCAAUUUUUUUUAUUAGGCAAAAUAGCCCAGGAAAACGUCUUUUAUGAUAUUCUAGAGACAAAAAACGCCUUUCUAGGCUAUAAAAACAAGAAGUUCAAAAAGUCGAAAAAUUGACAUUUUUGCAAAGGGGUUAACCUAUGGUUUUGGUCCAAAAAUGGCCAUUUUUUCAACUUUUUUUUUUUUGGCAAUAUAGGCCAGGAAAAUGUCUCUUACGAAAUUUUAAAACGAAAAAACGCCUUUCUAAGCUAGAAAAAGAAGAAGUUCAAAAAGUCGAAAAAUUGACAUUUUCCUAAACGGGUUAACCCAUAAUUUUUGUCCAAAAGUGGCCAUUUUUCCAAUUUUUUUUUAUUAGGCAAUAUAGGCCUGGAAAACGUCUUUUAUGAUAUUCUAGAACGAAAAAACGCCUUUCUAGGAUAUAAAAACAAGAAGUUCAAAAAGUCGAAAAAUUGACAUUUUUGCAAAGGGGUUAAGCCAUGCUUUUUGUCCAAAAAUGGCCAUUUUUUCAACUUUUUUUUUUUUAGGCAAUAUAGGCCAGGAAAUUAUCUUUUAUGAUAUUGUAGAGAAAAAAAACGCCUUUCUAGGCUAUAAAAACAAGAAGUUCAAAAAAGUCGAGAAAUUGACAUUUUUCCAAAAGGGUUAACCCAUGGUUUUGUUCCAAAACUGGCCAUUUUUUCAACUUUUUUUUUUUAGGCAAUAUAGGCCAGGAAAAUGUCUUUUAUGAUAUUCUAGAGACAAAAACCGCCUUUCAAGGCUAUAAAAAGAAGAAGUUCAAAAAGUCGAAAAAUUGACAUUUUUCCAAAGGGGUUAACCCAUGGUUUUGGUUCAAAAAUGGUCAUUUUUCUAACGUUUCUUUUUAGGCAUUAUAGGCCAGGAAAAUGUCUUUUAUGAUAUUCUAGAACGAAAAAACGCCUUUCAAGGCUAUAAAAAGAAGAAGUUCAAAAAGUCAAAAAAUUGACAUUUUUCCAAAGGGGUUAACACAUGGUUUUGGUCCAAAACUAGCCAUUUUUUCAACUUCUUUUUUUUUGGUAAUAUAGGCCAAGAAAAUGUCUCUUACGAAAUUCUUGAACGAAAAAACGCCUUUCUAGACUAUAAAAAGAAGAAGUUCAAAAAGUCGAAAAAUUGACAUUUUUUCAAAGGGGUUAACCUAUGCUUGUGGUCCAAAAAUGGCCAUUUCUUCAACUUCUUUUAUUUUGGCAAUAUAGGCCAAGAAAAUGUCUCUUACGAAAUUCUUGAACGAAAAAACGGCUUUUUUAGACUAUAAAAAAAGAAGUUCAAAAAGUUGAAAUAUUGACAUUUUUCCAAAGGGGUUAACCCAUGGUUUUGGUCCAAAAAUAGCCAUUUUUUCAACUUUUUUUUAAGGCAAUAUAGGUCAGGAAAAUGUCUUUUAUGAUAUUCUAGAGACAAAAAACGCCUUUUUAGGGUAUAAAAACAGCAAGUUGAAAACAGUCGAAAAAUUCACAUUUUUCCAAAGGGGUUAACCCAUGGUUAUGGUCCAAAAAUGGCCAUUUUUCCCACUUUUUUUUUUUUUAGGCAAUAUAGGCCAGGAAAUUGUCUUUUAUGAUAUUAGAGAACGAAAAAACGCCUUUCAAGGCCUUAAAAACAAGAAGUUCAAAAAGUGGAAAAAUUGACGUUUUUCCAAAGAGGUUAACCCAUGGUUUUGGUCGAAAAAUGGCCAUUCUUCCAAUUUUUUUUAUUAGGCACAAUAGCCCAGGAAAACGUCUUUUAUGAUAUUCUAGAGACAAAAAACGCCUUUCUAGGCUAUAAAAAGAAGAAGUUCAAAAAGUCGAAAAAUUAACAUUUUUGCUAAGGGGUUAACUCAUGGUUUUGGUCCAAAAAUGGCCAUUUUUACCACGUUUUUUUUUAGGCAAUAUAGGCCAAGAAAAUGUCUUUUAUGAUAUUCUAGAACGAAAAAACGCCUGUCCAGGCUAUAAAAACAAGAAGUUCAAAAAGUCGAAAAAUUGACGUUUUUCCAAAGGGGUUAACCCUUGGUUUUCGUCCGAAAAUGGCCAUUUUUCCAAUUUUUUUUAUUAGGCAAUAUAGGCCUGGAAAACGUCUUUUAUGAUAUUCUAGAACGAAAAAACGUCUUUCUAGGCUAUAAAAACAAGAAAUUCAAAAAGUCGAAAAAUUGGCAUUUCUCCAAAGGGGUUACCCCAUGGUUUUGGUUCAAAAAUGGCCAAUUUUCUAACGUUUCUUUUCAGGCAUUAUAGGCCAGGAAAAUGUCUUUUAUGAUAUUCUAGAACGAAAAAACGCCUUUCAAGGCUAUAAAAAGAAGAAGUUCAAAAAGUCGAAAAAUUGACAUUUUUCCAAAGGGGUUAACCCAUGCUUUUGGUCCAAAACUAGCCAUUUUUUCAACUUCUUUCUCUUUGGCAAUAUAGGCCAAGAAAAUGUCUCUUACGAAAUUCUUGAACGAAAAAACGCCUUUCUAGACUAUAAAAAGAAGAAGUUCAAAAAGUCGAAAAAUUGAUAUUUUCCCAAAGGGGUUAACCCAUGGUUUUUGUCCAAAAAUGUAGAUUUCUCCAAUUUUUUUUAUUCCGCAAUAUAGGCGAGGAAAACGUCUUUUAUGAUAUUCUAGAACGAAAAAACGCCUUUUUAGGCUAUAAAAACAAGAAGUUCAAAAGUCGAAAAAAUUUUUUUUUUUUCAAAGCGGUUAACCCAUGGUUUUGGUCCAAAAAUAGCCAUUUUUUAAACUUUUUUUUAAGGCAAUAUCGGCCAGGAAAAUGUCUUUUAUGAUAUUAUAGAGCGAAAAAACGCCUUUCAAGGCUAUAAAAACAAGAAGUUCAAACAAUCGAAAAAUUGACGUUUUUCCAAAGGGGUUAACCCAUGGUUUUGGUCCGAAAAUAGCCAUUUUUCCAAUUUUUUUUAUUAGGCAAAAUAGCCCAGGAAAACGUCUUUUAUGAUGUUCUAGAGACAAAAAACGCCUUUCUAGGCUAUAAAAACAAAAAGUUCAAAAAGUUGAAAAAUUGACAUUUUUGCAAAGGGGUUAACCCAUGGUUUUGGUCCAAAAAUGGCCAUUUUUUCAACUUUUUUUUUUUGGCAAUACAGGCCAGGAAAAUGUCUCUUACGAAAUUCUAGAACGAAAAAACGCCUUUCAAGGCUAUAAAAAGAAGAAGUUCAAAAAGUCGAAAAAUUGACAUUUUUCCAAAGGGGUUAACCCAUGCUUUUGGUCCAAAACUAGCCAUUUUUUCAACUUCUUUCUCUUUGGCAAUAUAGGCCAAGAAAAUGUCUCUUACGAAAUUCUUGAACGAAAAAACGCCUUUCUAGACUAUAAAAAGAAGAAGUUCGAAAAGUCGAAAAAUUGAUAUUUUCCCAAAGGGGUUAACCCAUGGUUUUUGUCCAAAAAUGUAGAUUUCUCCAAUUUUUUUUUAUUCCGCAAUAUAGGCGAGGAAAACGUCUUUUAUGAUAUUCUAGAACGAAAAAACGCCUUUUUAGGCUAUAAAAACAAGAAGUUCAAAAAGUCGAAAAAUUGACAUUUUUUCAAAGCGGUUAACCCAUGGUUUUGGUCCAAAAAUAGCCAUUUUUUAAACUUUUUUUUAAGGCAAUAUCGGCCAGGAAAAUGUCUUUUAUGAUAUUAUAGAGCGAAAAAACGCCUUUCAAGGCUAUAAAAACAAGAAGUUCAAACAAUCGAAAAAUUGACGUUUUUCCAAAGGGGUUAACCCAUGGUUUUGGUCCGAAAAUAGCCAUUUUUCCAAUUUUUUUUAUUAGGCAAAAUAGCCCAGGAAAACGUCUUUUAUGAUGUUCUAGAGACAAAAAACGCCUUUCUAGGCUAUAAAAACAAAAAGUUCAAAAAGUUGAAAAAUUGACAUUUUUGCAAAGGGGUUAACCCAUGGUUUUGGUCCAAAAAUGGCCAUUUUUUCAACUUUUUUUUUUUGGCAAUACAGGCCAGGAAAAUGUCUCUUACGAAAUUCUAGAACGAAAAAACGUCUUUCUAAGCUAUAAAAAGAAGAAGUUCAAAAAGUCGAAAAAUUGACAUUUUUCCAAAGGGGUUAACCCAUGGUUUUUGUCCAAAAGUGGCCAUUUUUCCAAUUUUUUUUUAUUAGGCAAUAUAGGCCUGGAAAACGUCUUUCAUGAUAUUCUAGAACGAAAAAACGCCAUUUUAGGCUAUAAAAACAAGAAGUUCAAAAAGUCGAAAAAUUGACAUUUUUUCGAAGGGGUUAACCCAUGGUUUUGGUCCAAAAAUGGCCAUUUUUUCAACUUUUUUUUUUUUAGGCAAUAUAGGCCAGGAAAUUAUCUUUUAUGAUAUUGUAGAGAAAAAAAACGCCUUUCUAGGCUAUAAAAACAAGAAGUUCAAAAAAGUCGAGAAAUUGACAUUUUUCCAAAAGGGUUAACCCAUGGUUUUGUUCCAAAACUGGCCAUUUUUUCAACUUUUUUUUAUUAGGCAAUAUAGGCCUGGAAAACGUCUUUCAUGAUAUUCUAGAACGAAAAAACGCCAUUUUAGGCUAUAAAACAAGAAGUUCAAAAGUCGAAAAAUUGACAUUUUUUCGAAGGGUUAACCCAUGGUUUUGGUCCAAAAUGGCCAUUUUUUUCAACUUUUUUUUUUUAGGCAAUAUAGGCCAGGAAAUUAUCUUUUAUGAUAUUGUAGAGAAAAAAAAACGCCUUUCUAGGCUAUAAAACAAGAAGUUCAAAAAGUCGAGAAAUUGACAUUUUGCCAAAAGGGUUAACCCAUGGUUUUGUUCCAAAACUGGCCAUUUUUUCAACUUUUUUUUUAUUAGGCAAUAUAGGCCUGGAAAACGUCUUUCAUGAUAUUCUAGAACGAAAAAACGCCAUUUUAGGCUAUAAAAACAAGAAGUUCAAAAAGUCGAAAAAUUGACAUUUUUUCGAAGGGGUUAACCCAUGGUUUUGGUUCAAAAAUGGUCAUUUUUCUAACGUUUCUUUUUAGGCAUUAUAGGCCAGGAAAAUGUCUUUUAUGAUAUUCUAGAACGAAAAAACGCCUUUCAAGGCUAUAAAAAGAAGAAGUUCAAAAAGUCAAAAAAUUGACAUUUUUCCAAAGGGGUUAACACAUGGUUUUGGUCCAAAACUAGCCAUUUUUUCAACUUCUUUUUUUUUGGUAAUAUAGGCCAAGAAAAUGUCUCUUACGAAAUUCUUGAACGAAAAAACGCCUUUCUAGACUAUAAAAAGAAGAAGUUCAAAAAGUCGAAAAAUUGACAUUUUUUCAAAGGGGUUAACCUAUGCUUGUGGUCCAAAAAUGGCCAUUUCUUCAACUUCUUUUAUUUUGGCAAUAUAGGCCAAGAAAAUGUCUCUUACGAAAUUCUUGAACGAAAAAACGGCUUUUUAGACUAUAAAAAAAGAAGUUCAAAAAGUUGAAAUAUUGACAUUUUUCCAAAGGGGUUAACCCAUGGUUUUGGUCCAAAAAUAGCCAUUUUUUCAACUUUUUUUUAAGGCAAUAUAGGUCAGGAAAAUGUCUUUUAUGAUAUUCUAGAGACAAAAAACGCCUUUUUAGGGUAUAAAAACAGGAAGUUGAAAACAGUCGAAAAAUUCACAUUUUUCCAAAGGGGUUAACCCAUGGUUAUGGUCCAAAAAUGGCCAUUUUUCCCACUUUUUUUUUUUUUAGGCAAUAUAGGCCAGGAAAUUGUCUUUUAUGAUAUUAGAGAACGAAAAAACGCCUUUCAAGGCCUUAAAAACAAGAAGUUCAAAAAGUGGAAAACUUGAAGUUUUUCCAAAGAGGUUAACCCAUGGUUUUGGUCGAAAAAUGGCCAUUUUUCCAAUUUUUUUUAUUAGGCACAAUAGCCCAGGAAAACGUCUUUUAUGAUAUUCUAGAGACAAAAAACGCCUUUCUAGGCUAUAAAAAGAAGAAGUUCAAAAAGUCGAAAAAUUAACAUUUUUGCUAAGGGGUUAACUCAUGGUUUUGGUCCAAAAAUGGCCAUUUUUACCACUUUUUUUUUUAGGCAAUAUAGGCCAAGAAAAUGUCUUUUAUGAUAUUCUAGAACGAAAAAACGUCUUUCUAGGCUAUAAAAACAAGAAAUUCAAAAAGUCGAAAAAUUGACAUUUCUCCAAAGGGGUUACCCCAUGGUUUUGGUUCAAAAAUGGCCAAUUUUCUAACGUUUCUUUUUAGGCAUUAUAGGCCAGGAAAAUGUCUUUUAUGAUAUUCUAGAACGAAAAAACGCCUUUCAAGGCUAUAAAAAGAAGAAGUUCAAAAAGUCGAAAAAUUGACAUUUUUCCAAAGGGGUUAACCCAUGCUUUUGGUCCAAAACUAGCCAUUUUUUCAACUUCUUUCUCUUUGGCAAUAUAGGCCAAGAAAAUGUCUCUUACGAAAUUCUUGAACGAAAAAACGCCUUUCUAGACUAUAAAAAGAAGAAGUUCAAAAAGUCGAAAAAUUGAUAUUUUCCCAAAGGGGUUAACCCAUGGUUUUUGUCCAAAAAUGUAGAUUUCUCCAAUUUUUUUUUAUUCCGCAAUAUAGGCGAGGAAAACGUCUUUUAUGAUAUUCUAGAACGAAAAAACGCCUUUUUAGGCUAUAAAAACAAGAAGUUCAAAAAGUCGAAAAAUUGACAUUUUUUCAAAGCGGUUAACCCAUGGUUUUGGUCCAAAAAUAGCCAUUUUUUAAACUUUUUUUUAAGGCAAUAUCGGCCAGGAAAAUGUCUUUUAUGAUAUUAUAGAGCGAAAAAACGCCUUUCAAGGCUAUAAAAACAAGAAGUUGAAACAAUCGAAAAAUUGACGUUUUUCCAAAGGGGUUAACCCAUGGUUUUGGUCCGAAAAUAGCCAUUUUUCCAAUUUUUUUUAUUAGGCAAAAUAGCCCAGGAAAACGUCUUUUAUGAUGUUCUAGAGACAAAAAACGCCUUUCUAGGCUAUAAAAACAAAAAGUUCAAAAAGUUGAAAAAUUGACAUUUUUGCAAAGGGGUUAACCCAUGGUUUUGGUCCAAAAAUGGCCAUUUUUUCAACUUUUUUUUUUUGGCAAUACAGGCCAGGAAAAUGUCUCUUACGAAAUUCUAGAACGAAAAAACGCCUUUCAAGGCUAUAAAAGAAGAAGUUCAAAAAGUCGAAAAAUUGACAUUUUUCCAAAGGGGUUAACCCAUGCUUUUGGUCCAAAACUAGCCAUUUUUUCAACUUCUUUCUCUUUGGCAAUAUAGGCCAAGAAAAUGUCUCUUACGAAAUUCUUGAACGAAAAAACGCCUUUCUAGACUAUAAAAAAGAAGAAGUUCAAAAAGUCGAAAAAUUGAUAUUUUCCCAAAGGGGUUAACCCAUGGUUUUUUGUCCAAAAAUGUAGAUUUCUCCAAUUUUUUUUUUUAUUCCGCAAUAUAGGCGAGGAAAACGUCUUUUAUGAUAUUCUAGAACGAAAAAACGCCUUUUUAGGCUAUAAAAACAAGAAGUUCAAAAAGUCGAAAAAUUGACAUUUUUUCAAAGCGGUUAACCCAUGGUUUUGGUCCAAAAAUAGCCAUUUUUUAAACUUUUUUUUAAGGCAAUAUCGGCCAGGAAAAUGUCUUUUAUGAUAUUAUAGAGCGAAAAAACGCCUUUCAAGGCUAUAAAAACAAGAAGUUCAAACAAUCGAAAAAUUGACGUUUUUCCAAAGGGGUUAACCCAUGGUUUUGGUCCGAAAAUAGCCAUUUUUCCAAUUUUUUUUAUUAGGCAAAAUAGCCCAGGAAAACGUCUUUUAUGAUGUUCUAGAGACAAAAAACGCCUUUCUAGGCUAUAAAAACAAAAAGUUCAAAAAGUUGAAAAAUUGACAUUUUUGCAAAGGGGUUAACCCAUGGUUUUGGUCCAAAAAUGGCCAUUUUUUCAACUUUUUUUUUUUGGCAAUACAGGCCAGGAAAAUGUCUCUUACGAAAUUCUAGAACGAAAAAACGUCUUUCUAAGCUAUAAAAAGAAGAAGUUCAAAAAGUCGAAAAAUUGACAUUUUUCCAAAGGGGUUAACCCAUGGUUUUUGUCCAAAAGUGGCCAUUUUUCCAAUUUUUUUUUAUUAGGCAAUAUAGGCCUGGAAAACGUCUUUCAUGAUAUUCUAGAACGAGAAAACGCCAUUUUAGGCUAUAAAAACAAGAAGUUCAAAAAGUCGAAAAAUUGACAUUUUUUCGAAGGGGUUAACCCAUGGUUUUGGUCCAAAAAUGGCCAUUUUUUCAACUUUUUUUUUUUUAGGCAAUAUAGGCCAGGAAAUUAUCUUUUAUGAUAUUGUAGAGAAAAAAAACGCCUUUCUAGGCUAUAAAAACAAGAAGUUCAAAAAAGUCGAGAAAUUGACAUUUUUCCAAAAGGGUUAACCCAUGGUUUUGUUCCAAAACUGGCCAUUUUUUCAACUUUUUUUUUAUUAGGCAAUAUAGGCCUGGAAAACGUCUUUCAUGAUAUUCUAGAACGAAAAAACGCCAUUUUAGGCUAUAAAAACAAGAAGUUCAAAAAGUCGAAAAAUUGACAUUUUUUCGAAGGGGUUAACCCAUGGUUUUGGUUCAAAAAUGGUCAUUCUUCUAACGUUUCUUUUUAGGCAUUAUAGGCCAGGAAAAUGUCUUUUAUGAUAUUCUAGAACGAAAAAACGCCUUUCAAGGCUAUAAAAAGAAGAAGUUCAAAAAGUCAAAAAAUUGACAUUUUUCCAAAGGGGUUAACACAUGGUUUUGGUCCAAAACUAGCCAUUUUUUCAACUUCUUUUUUUUUGGUAAUAUAGGCCAAGAAAAUGUCUCUUACGAAAUUCUUGAACGAAAAAACGCCUUUCUAGACUAUAAAAAGAAGAAGUUCAAAAAGUCGAAGAAUUGACAUUUUUUCAAAGAGGUUAACCUAUGCUUGUGGUCCAAAAAUGGCCAUUUCUUCAACUUCUUUUAUUUUGGCAAUAUAGGCCAAGAAAAUGUCUCUUACGAAAUUCUUGAACGAAAAAACGGCUUUUUUAGACUAUAAAAAAAGAAGUUCAAAAAGUUGAAAUAUUGACAUUUUUCCAAAGGGGUUAACCCAUGGUUUUGGUCCGAAAAUAGCCAUUUUUUCAACUUUUUUUAAAGGCAAUAUAGGUCAGGAAAAUGUCUUUUAUGAUAUUCUAGAGACAAAAAACGCCUUUUUAGGGUAUAAAAACAGGAAGUUGAAAACAGUCGAAAAAUUCACAUUUUUCCAAAGGGGUUAACCCAUGGUUAUGGUCCAAAAAUGGCCAUUUUUCCCACUUUUUUUUUUUUUAGGCAAUAUAGGCCAGCAAAUUGUCUUUUAUGAUAUUAGAGAACGAAAAAACGCCUUUCAAGGCCUUAAAAACAAGAAGUUCAAAAAGUGGAAAAAUUGACGUUUUUCCAAAGAGGUUAACCCAUGGUUUUGGUCGAAAAAUGGCCAUUUUUCCAAUUUUUUUUAUUAGGCACAAUAGCCCAGGAAAACGUCUUUUAUGAUAUUCUAGAGACAAAAAACGCCUUUCUAGGCUAUAAAAAGAAGAAGUUCAAAAAGUCGAAAAAUUAACAUUUUUGCUAAGGGGUUAACUCAUGGUUUUGGUCCAAAAAUGGCCAUUUUUACCACUUUUUUUUUUAGGCAAUAUAGGCCAAGAAAAUGUCUUUUAUGAUAUUCUAGAACGAAAAAACGUCUUUCUAGGCUAUAAAAACAAGAAAUUCAAAAAGUCGAAAAAUUGACAUUUCUCCAAAGGGGUUACCCCAUGGUUUUGGUUCAAAAAUGGCCAAUUUUCUAGCGUUUCUUUUUAGGCAUUAUAGGCCAGGAAAAUGUCUUUUAUGAUAUUCUAGAACGAAAAAACGCCUUUCAAGGCUAUAAAAAGAAGAAGUUCAAAAAGUCGAAAAAUUAACAUUUUUCCAAAGGGGUUAACCCAUGCUUUUGGUCCAAAACUAGCCAUUUUUUCAACUUCUUUCUCUUUGGCAAUAUAGGCCAAGAAAAUGUCUCUUACGAAAUUCUUGAACGAAAAAACGCCUUUCUAGACUAUAAAAAGAAGAAGUUCGAAAAGUCGAAAAAUUGAUAUUUUCCCAAAGGGGUUAACCCAUGGUUUUUGUCCAAAAAUGUAGAUUUCUCCAAUUUUUUUUAUUCCGCAAUAUAGGCGAGGAAAACGUGUUUUAUGAUAUUCUAGAACGAAAAAACGCCUUUUUAGGCUAUAAAAACAAGAAGUUCAAAAGUCGAAAAAUUGACAUUUUUUCAAAGCGGUUAACCCAUGGUUUUGGUCCAAAAAUAGCCAUUUUUAAACUUUUUUAAGGCAAUAUCGGCCAGGAAAAUGUCUUUUAUGAUAUUAUAGAGCGAAAAAAACGCCUUUCAAGGCUAUAAAACAAGAAGUUCAAACAAUCGAAAAAUUGACGUUUUUCCAAAGGGGUUAACCCAUGGUUUUGGUCCGAAAAUAGCCAUUUUUCCAUUUUUUUUUAUUAGGCAAAAUAGCCCAGGAAAACGUCUUUUAUGAUGUUCUAGAGACAAAAAAACGCCUUUCUAGGCUAUAAAAACAAAAGUUCAAAAAGUUGAAAAAUUGACAUUUUUGCAAAGGGGUUAACCCAUGGUUUUGGUCCAAAAAUGGCCAUUUUUUCAACUUUUUUUUUUUGGCAAUACAGGCCAGGAAAAUGUCUCUUACGAAAUUCUAGAACGAAAAAACGUCUUUCUAAGCUAUAAAAAGAAGAAGUUCAAAAAGUGGAAAAAUUGACAUUUUUCCAAAGGGGUUAACCCAUGGUUUUUGUCCAAAAGUGGCCAUUUUUCCAAUUUUUUUUUUUUAGGCAAUAUAGGCCAGGAAAAUGUCUUUUAUAAUAUUAGAGAACGAAAAAACGCCUUUCAAGGCCUUAAAAACAAAAAGUUCAAAAAGUGGAAAAAUUGACGUUUAUCCAAAGAGGUUAACCCAUGGUUUUGGUCCAAAAAUGGCCAUUUUUUCAACUUUUUUUUUUUUAGGCAAUAUAGGCCAGGAAAUUAUCUUUUAUGAUAUUGUAGAGAAAAAAAACGCCUUUCUAGGCUAUAAAAACAAGAAGUUCAAAAAAGUCGAGAAAUUGACAUUUUUCCAAAAGGGUUAACCCAUGGUUUUGUUCCAAAACUGGCCAUUUUUUCAACUUUUUUUUUUUAGGCAAUAUAGGCCAGGAAAAUGUCUUUUAUGAUAUUCUAGAGACAAAAACCGCCUUUCAAGGCUAUAAAAAGAAGAAGUUCAAAAAGUCGAAAAAUUGACAUUUUUCCAAAGGGGUUAACCCAUGGUUUUGGUUCAAAAAUCGUCAUUUUUCUAACGUUUCUUUUUAGGCAUUAUAGGCCAGGAAAAUGUCUUUUAUGAUAUUCUAGAACGAAAAAACGCCUUUCAAGGCUAUAAAAAGAAGAAGUUCAAAAAGUCAAAAAAUUGACAUUUUUCCAAAGGGGUUAACACAUGGUUUUGGUCCAAAACUAGCCAUUUUUUCAACUUCUUUUUUUUUGGUAAUAUAGGCCAAGAAAAUGUCUCUUACGAAAUUCUUGAACGAAAAAACGCCUUUCUAGACUAUAAAAAGAAGAAGUUCAAAAAGUCGAAAAAUUGACAUUUUUUCAAAGAGGUUAACCUAUGCUUGUGGUCCAAAAAUGGCCAUUUCUUCAACUUCUUUUAUUUUGGCAAUAUAGGCCAAGAAAAUGUCUCUUACGAAAUUCUUGAACGAAAAAACGGCUUUUUUAGACUAUAAAAAAAGAAGUUCAAAAAGUUGAAAUAUUGACAUUUUUCCAAAGGGGUUAACCCAUGGUUUUGGUCCAAAAAUAGCCAUUUUUUCAACUUUUUUUUUUAAGGCAAUAUAGGCCAGGAAAAUGUCUUUUAUGAUAUUCUAGAGACAAAAACCGCCUUUCAAGGCUAUAAAAAGAAGAAGUUCAAAAAGUCGAAAAAUUGACAUUUUUCCAAAGGGGUUAACCCAUGGUUUUGGUUCAAAAAUCGUCAUUUUUCUAACGUUUCUUUUUAGGCAUUAUAGGCCAGGAAAAUGUCUUUUAUGAUAUUCUAGAACGAAAAAACGCCUUUCAAGGCUAUAAAAAGAAGAAGUUCAAAAAGUCAAAAAAUUGACAUUUUUCCAAAGGGGUUAACACAUGGUUUUGGUCCAAAACUAGCCAUUUUUUCAACUUCUUUUUUUUUGGUAAUAUAGGCCAAGAAAAUGUCUCUUACGAAAUUCUUGAACGAAAAAACGCCUUUCUAGACUAUAAAAAGAAGAAGUUCAAAAAGUCGAAAAAUUGACAUUUUUUCAAAGAGGUUAACCUAUGCUUGUGGUCCAAAAAUGGCCAUUUCUUCAACUUCUUUUAUUUUGGCAAUAUAGGCCAAGAAAAUGUCUCUUACGAAAUUCUUGAACGAAAAAACGGCUUUUUUAGACUAUAAAAAAAGAAGUUCAAAAAGUUGAAAUAUUGACAUUUUUCCAAAGGGGUUAACCCAUGGUUUUGGUCCAAAAAUAGCCAUUUUUUCAACUUUUUUUUUUAAGGCAAUAUAGGCCAGGAAAAUGUCUUUUAUGAUAUUCUAGAGACAAAAAACGCCUUUUUAGGGUAUAAAAACAAGAAGUUGAAAACAGUCGAAAAAUUCACAUUUUUCCAAAGGGGGUAACCCAUGGUUUUGGUCCAAAAAUGGCCAUUUUUCCACCUUUUUUUUUUUUAGGCAAUAUAGGCCAGGAAAUUGUCUUUUAUAAUAUUAGAGAACGAAAAAACGCCUUUCAAGGCCUUAAAAACAAAAAGUUCAAAAAGUGGAAAAAUUGACGUUUAUCCAAAGAGGUUAACCCAUGGUUUUGGUCCAAAAAUGGCCAUUUUUCCCACUUUUUUUUUUUUUGGGCAAUAUAGGCCAGGAAAUUGUUUUUUAUGAUAUUAGAGAACGAAAAAACGCCUUUCAAGGCCUUAAAAACAAGAAGUUCAAAAAGUGCAAAAAUUGACGUUUUUCCAAAGAGGUUAACCCAUGGUUUUGGUCGAAAAAUGGCCAUUUUUCCAAUUUUUUUUAUUAGGCACAAUAGCCCAGGAAAACGUCUUUUAUGAUAUUCUAGAGACAAAAAACGCCUUUCUAGGCUAUAAAAAGAAGAAGUUCAAAAAGUCGAAAAAUUAACAUUUUUGCAAAGGGGUUAACCCAUGGUUUUUGUCCGAAAAUGGCCAUUUUUCCAAUUUUUUUUAUUAGGCAAUAUAGGCCAGGAAAAUGUCUUUUAUGAUAUUCUAGAACGAAAAAACGCCUUUCCAGGCUAUAAAAACAAGAAGUUCAAAAAGUCGAAAAGUUAACAUUUUUGCAAAGGGGUUAACCCAUGGUUUUCGUCCGAAAAUGGCCAUUUUUCCAAUUUUUUUUAUUAGGCAAUAUAGGCCUGGAAAACGUCUUUUAUGAUAUUCUAGAACGAAAAAACGUCUUUCUAGGCUAUAAAAACAAGAAAUUUAAAAAGUCGAAAAAUUGACAUUUCUCCAAAGGGGUUACCCCACGGUUUUGGUUCAAAAAUGGCCAAUUUUCUAACGUUUCUUUUUAGGCAUUAUAGGCCAGGAAAAUGUCUUUUAUGAUAUUCUAGAACGAAAAAACGCCUUUUUAGGCUAUAAAAACAACAAGAUCAAAAAGUCGAAAAAUUGACAUUUUUUCAAAGAGGUUAACCUAUGGUUGUGGUCCAAAAAUGGCAUUUUUUUACAACUCUUUUUUUUUUGGCAAUAUAGGCCAAGAAAAUGGAUCUUACAAAAUUCUUGAACGAAAAAACGGCUUUUUUAGACUAUAAAAAAAGAAGUUCAAAAAGUUGAAAUAUUGACAUUUUUCCAAAGGGGUUAACCCAUGGUUUUGGUCCAAAAAUAGUCAUUUUUUCAACUUUUUAUUUAAGGCAAUAUAGGCCAGGAAAAUGUCUUUUAUGAUAUUCUAGAGACAAAAAACGCCUUUUCAGGGUAUAAAAACAAGAAGUUGAAAAGAGUCGAAAAAUUGACAUUUUUCCAAACGGGUUAACCCAUGGUUUUGGUCCAAAAAUGGCCAUUUUUCCCACUUUUUUUUUAGGCAAUAUAGACCAGGAAAAUGUCUUUUAUGAUAUUAGAGAACGAAAAAACGCCUUUUAAGGCUAUGAAAACAAGAAGUUCAAAAAGUCGAAAAAUUGACGUUUUUCCAAAGGGGUUAACCCAUGGUUUUGGUCCGAAAAUGGCCAUUUUUCCAAUUUUUUUUAUUAGGCAAAAUAGCCCAGGAAAACGUCUAAUAUGAUAUUCUAGAGACAAAAAACGCCUUUCUAGGCUAUAAAAACAAGAAGGUCAAAAAGUCGAAAAAUUGACAUUUUUGCAAAGGGGUUAACCCAUGGUUUUGGUCCAAAAAUGGCCAUUUUUUCCCCUUUUUUUUUUUUAGGCAAUAUUGGCCAGGAAAAUGUCUUUUAUGAUAUUAUAGAACGAAAAAACGCCUUUCUAGGCUAUAAAAAGAAGAAGUUCAAAAAGUCGAAAAAUUGACAUUUUUUAAAAGGGGUUAACCCAUGGUUUUUGUCCAAAAAUGGCCAUUUUUUCAACUUUUUGUUUUGGCAAUAUAGGGCAGGAAAAUGUCUCUUACGAAAUUCUAGAACGAAAAAACGCCUUUCUAAGCUAGAAAAAGAAGAAGUUCAAAAAGUCGAAAAAUUGACAUUUUCCCAAAGGGGUUAACCCAUGGUUUUUGUCCAAAAGUGGCCAUUUUUCCAAUUUUUUUUUUAUUAGCCAAUAUCGGCCUGGAAAAUGUCUUUUACGAUAUUCUAGAACGAAAAAACGCCUUUCUAGGCCAUAAAAACAAGAACUUUUAAAAAGUCGAAAAAUUGACAUUUCUCCAAAGGCGUUAACCUAUGCUUUUGGUCAAAAAAUGGCCAUUUUGUCAAGUUUUUAUUAGGCCAUAUAGGCCAGGAAAACGUCUUUUAUGAUAUUCUAGAAAGAAAAAAUGCCUUACUAGGCUAUAAAAACAAGAAGUUCAAAAAGUCGAAAAAUUGACAUUUUUUAAAAGGGGUUAACCCAUGGUUUUUGUCCAAAAAUGGCCUUUUUUCAACUUUUGUUUUUUGGGAAUAUAGGGCAGGAAAAUGUCUCUUACGAAAUUCUAGUACGAAAAAACGCUUUUCUUAGCUAGAAAAAGAAGAAGUUCAAAAAGUCGAGAAAUUGACAUUUUCUCAAAGGGGUUAACCCAUGGUUUUUGUCCAAAAGUGGCCAUUUUUCCAAUUUUUUUUUAUAAGCCAAUAUAGGCCUGGAAAACGUCUUUUAUGAUAUUCUAGAACAAAAAAACGCCUUUUAAGGCUAUAAAAACAAGAAGUUCAAAAAGUCGAAAAAUUGACAUUUUUCCAAAGGGGUUAACCCAUGGUUUUAGUCCAAAAAUGGCCAUUUUUUCAACUCUUUUUUUUAGGCUAUUUAGGCGAGCAAAUUAUCUUUUAUGAUAUUGUAGAGAGAAAAAACGCCUUUCUAGGCUAUAAAAACAAGAAGUUCAAAAAAGUUGAGAAAUUGCCAUUUUUCGAAAGGGGUUAACCCAUGGUUUUGUUCCAAAACUAGCCAUUUUUUCAACUUUUUUUUUUUAGGCAAUAUAGGCCAGGAAAAUGUCUUUUAUGAUAUUCUAGAGACAAAAAACGCCUUUCAAGGCUAUAAAAAGAAGAAGUUCAAACCGUCGAAAAAUUGACAUUUUUCCAAAGGGGUUAACCCAUAGUUUUGGUUCAAAAAUGGCCAUUUUUCCCACUUUUUUUUUUUAGGAAAUAUAGGCCUGGAAAACGUCUUUUAUGAUAUUCUAGAACGGAAAAACGUCUUUCUAGGCUAUAAAAACAAGAAGUUCAAAAACUCGAAAAUUUGACAUUUUUCCAAAGGGGUUAACCGAUGGUUUUGUUCCAAAACUAGCCAUUUUUUCAACUUUUUUUUUUUAAGCAAAAUAGCCCAGGAAAACGUCUUUUAUGAUAUUCUAGAGACAAAAAACGCCUUUCUAAUCUAUAAAAACAAGAAGUUCAAAAAGUCGAAAAAUUGACAUUUUUGCAAAGGGGUUAACCCAUGGUUUUGGUCCAAAAAUGGCCAUUUUUCCCACCUUUUUUUUUAGGCAAUAUAGGCCAGGAAAAUGUCUUUUAUGAUAUUAUAGAAGGAAAAAACGCCUUUCAAGGCAACAAAACAAGAAGUUCAAAAAGUGGAAAAAUUGACGUUUUUCAAAAGGGGUUAAGCCAUGGUUUUCCUGCGAAAAGAGCCAUUUUUCGAAUUUUCUUUGUUAGGCAAAAUAGGCCAGGAAAACGUUUUUUAUGAUAUUCUAGAACAAAAAAAUCGCGUUUCUAGGUUAUAAAAACAAGAAGUUCAAAAAGUCGAAAAUUGACAUUUUUCCAAAGGGGUUAACCCGUGGUUUUGGUCCAAAAAUGGCGAUUUUUUCAACUUUUUUUUUUAGGCAAUAUAGGCCAGGAAAAUAUCUUUUAUGAUAUUCUAGAACGAAAAAACGCCUUCUUAGGCUAUGAAAAGAAGAAGUUCAAAAAGUCGAAAAAUUGCCUUUCGCCAAAGGGGUUAAACCAUGGUUUUUGUCUGAAAAUGGCUAUUUUUGCAACGUUUUUCUUUAGGCAAUAAAAACCAGGAAAAUGUCUUUCAUGAUAUUCUAGAGCAAAAAAAGGCGUUUGUAGGCUAUAAAAACAACAAGUUUAAAAAAGUCGAAAAAUUGACAUUUUUCCAAAGGGGUUAACCCAUUGUUUCGGUUAAAAAAUGGCCAUUUUUUCACUUCUUUAUUUUAAGGCAAUAUAGGCCAGGAAAAUGUCUUUUUAAUAUUCUAGAGACAAAAAACGCCUUUAUAGGGUAUAAAAACAACAAGUUGAAAACAGUCGAAAAAUUGACAUUUUUCCAAACGGGUUAACCCAUGGUUUUGGUCCAAAAAUGGCCAUUUUUCCCACUUUUUUUUUUAGGUAAUAUAGGCCAGGAAAAUGUCUUUUAUGAUAUUCUUGAACGAAAAAACGCCUUUUAAGGCUAUUAAAACAAGAAGUUCAAAAAGUCGAAAAAUUGACGUUUUUCCAAAGGGGUUAACCCAUGGUUUUGGUCCGAAAAUUUCCAUUUUUCCAAUUUUUUUUAUUAGGCAAAAUAGCCCAGGAAAACGUCUUUUAUGAUGUUCUAGAGACAAAAAACGCCUUUAUAGGCUAUAAAAACAAGAAGUUCAAAAAGUCGAAAAAUUGACAUUUUUGCAAAGGGGUUAACCCAUGGUUUUGGUCCAAAAAUGGCCAUUUUCCCCACUUUUUUUUUGGGCAAUAUAGGCCAGAAAAAUGUCUCUUACGAAAUUCUUGAACGAAAAAACGCCUUUCUAGGCUAUAAAAAGAAGAAGUUCAAAAAGUCGAAAAAUUGACAUUUUUUAAAAGGGGUUAACCCAUGGUUUUUGUCCAAAAAUGGCCAUUUUUUCAACUUUUUUUUUUGGGAAUAUAGGGCAGGAAAAUGUCUCUUACGAAAUUCUAGAACGAAAAAACGCCUUUCUAAGCUAGAAAAAGAAGAAGUUCAAAAAGUCGAGAAAUUGACAUUUUCUCAAAGGGGUUAACCCAUGGUUUUUGUCCAAAAGUGGCCAUUUUUCCAAUUUUUUUUUAUCAGCCAAUAUCGGCCUGGAAAACGUCUUUUAUGAUAUUCUAGAACAAAAAAACGCCUUUUAAGGCUAUAAAAACAAGAAGUUCAAAAAGUCGAAAAAUUGACAUUUUUCCAAAGGGGUUAACCCAUGGUUUUAGUCCAAAAAUGGCCAUUUUUUCAACUCUUUUUUUUAGGCUAUAUAGGCGAGCAAAUUAUCUUUUAUGAUAUUGUAUAGAAGAAAAACGCCUUUCCAGGCUAUAAAAACAAGAAGUUCAAAAAAGUUGAGAAAUUGCCAUUUUUCGAAAGGGGUUAACCCAUGGUUUUGUUCCUAAACUAGACAUUUUUUCAACUUUUUUUUUUUAGGCAAUAUAGGCCAGGAAAAUGUCUUUUAUGAUAUUCUAGAGACAAAAAACGCCUUUCAAGGCUAUAAAAAGAAGAAGUUCAAACCGUCGAAAAAUUGACAUUUUUCCAAAGGGGUUAACCCAUAGUUUUGGUUCAAAAAUGGCCAUUUUUCCCACUUUUUUUUUUAGGAAAUAUAGGCCUGGAAAACGUCUUUUAUGAUAUUCUAGAACGAAAAAACGUCUUUCUAGGCUAUAAAAACAAGAAGUUCAAAAUCUCGAAAAAUUGACAUUUCUGCAAAGGGGUUAACCCAUGGUUUUAGUUCAAAAAUGGCCAUUUUUUCAACUUUUUUUUUUAGGCAAUAUAGGCCAGGAAAUCAUCUUUUAUGAUAUUGUAGAGACAAAAAACGCGUUUCCAGGCUAUAUAAACAAGAAGUUCAAAAAAGUUGAGAAAUUGACAUUUUUCCAAAGGGGUUAGCCCAUGGUUUUGUUCCAAAACUUGCCAUUUUUUCAACUUUUUUUUUAUAGGCAAAUAGGCCAGGAAAAUGUCUUUUAUGAUAUUCUAGAGACAAAAAACGCCUUUCAAGGCUAUAGAAAGAAGAAGUUCAAUAAGUCGAAAAAUUGACAUUUUUCCAAAGGGGAUAAACCCAUGGUUUUGGUUCAAAAAUGGCCACUUUUUCAACUUUUUUUUUUAGGCAAUAUAGGCCUGGAAAACGUCUUUUAUGAUAUUCUAGAACGAAAAAACGUCUUUCUAGGCUAUAAAAACAAGAAGUUCAAAAACUCGAAAAAUUGACAUUUCUCCAAAGGGGUUAACCCAUGGUUUUUGUCCAAAAAUUGCCAUUUUUUCAAUUUUUUUUUAGGCAAUAUAGGCCAGGAAAUUAUCUUUUAUGAUAUUGUAGAGACAAAAAACGCCUUUCUAGGCUAUAAAAACAACAAGUUUAAAAAAGUCGAGAAAUUGACAUUUUUCCAAAGGGGUUAACCCAUGGUUUUGGUCCAAAAAUGGCCAUUUUUCCCACCUUUUUUUUUAGGCAAUAUAGGCCAGGAAAAUGUCUUUUAUGAUAUUAUAGAAGGAAAAAACGCCUUUCAAUGCAACAAAACAAGAAGUUCAAAAAGUGGAAAAAUUGACGUUUUUCCAAAGGGGUUAAGCCAUGGUUUUCCUGCGAAAAUAGCCAUUUUUCGAAUUUUCUUUAUUAGGCAAAAUAGGCCAGGAAAACGUUUUUUAUGAUAUUCUAGAACAAAAAAAUCGCGUUUCUAGGUUAUAAAAACAAGAAGUUCAAAAAGUCGAAAAUUGACAUUUUUCCAAAGGGGUUAACCCGUGGUUUUGGUCCAAAAAUGGCGAUUUUUUCAACUUUUUUUUUUAGGCAAUAUAGGCCAGGAAAAUAUCUUUUAUGAUAUUCUAGAACGAGAAAAUGCCUUCUUAGGCUAUGAAAAGAAGAAGUUCAAAAAGUCGAAAAAUUGCGUUUCGCCAAAGGGGUUAACCCAUGGUUUUUGUCUGAAAAUGGCUAUUUUUGCAACGUUUUUUUUUAGGCAAUAUAGGCCAGGAAAAUGUCUUUCAUGAUAUUCUAGAGCAAAAAAAGGCGUUUGUAGGCUAUAAAAAGAACAAGUUUAAAAAAGUCGAAAAAUUGACAUUUUUCCAAAGGGGUUAACCCAUUGUUUCGGUUAAAAAAUGGCCAUUUUUUCACUUCUUUAUUUUAAGGCAAUAUAGGCCAGGAAAAUGUCUUUUUAAUAUUCUAGAGACAAAAAACGCCUUUAUAGGGUAUAAAAACAACAAGUUGAAAACAGUCGAAAAAUUGACAUUUUUCCAAACGGGUUAACCCAUGGUUUUGGUCCAAAAAUGGCCAUUUUUCCCACUUUUUUUUUUAGGCAAUAUAGGGCAGGAAAAUGUCUUUUAUGAUAUUCUAGAACGAAAAAACGCCUUUUAAGGCUAUUAAAACAAGAAGUUCAAAAAGUCGAAAAAUUGACGUUUUUCCAAAGGGGUUAACCCAUGGUUUUCGUCCGAAAAUGGCCAUUUUUCGCAUUUUUUUUAUUAGGCUAAAUAGCCCAGGAAAACGUCUUUUAUGAUGUUCUAGAGACAUUUUUCCAAAGGGGUUAACCCAUGGUUUUUGUUUAAAAACGGCGAUUUUUUGAACUUUUUUUUUUUUAGGCAAUAUAGGCCAGGAAAAUGCUUUUAGGAAAUUCUAGAACAAAAAAACGCCUUUCUAGGCUAUAAAAACAAGAAGUUCAAAAAGUCGAAAAAUUGACAUUUUGACAAAUGUCUUUUUUGAUAUCCUAGAACGAAAAAACGCCUUUCUAGGCUAUAAAAAGAAGAAGUUGAAAAAGUUAAUAAAUUGGGAUUUUCCAAAAGGGUUUAGUCCAUGGUUUUGGUCAAAAAUUUUUAAUUUUUCCAUUUUUUUAUUUUAGGCAAAAUACACGAGGAAAGUGUGUUUUAAUAUAUUCUAGAAAGAAAAAAGGUUUUCUAGACUAUAAAAACAACAAGUUAAAAAAGUCGAAAAAUCGGGAUUUUUCUAAAGGGGUUAGUCCAUGGUUCUGGUCAAAAGUUGGCCAUUUUUCCAUUUUUUUAUUUUAGGCAAAAUACGGCAGGAAAAUGUCUUUCAAGGUAUUAUAGAAAGAAAAAAAUGCCUUUUUAGAGUAUAAAAACAACAAGUUGAAAAAAGUCGAAAAAUUCUGAAUUUCCCAAAGGGGUUAGUCCAUGGUUUUGAUCAAAAAUUGCAAAUUUCUCCAUUUUUUUAUUUGAGGCAAAAUACGCCAGGAAAAUGUGUUUCAAGAUAUACUAGAAAGAAAAAAAGCCUUUCUUGACAAUAAAAUCAACGAUUUUAAAAAGUCGAGGAAAGGAAUUUUUCUGAAGGGGUUAGUCCAUGGUUCUGGUCAAAAAUUGGCAAUUUUUCAAUUUUUUUAUUUUAGGCAAAAUACGCCAGGAAAAUGUGUUUUCAAGGUAUUCUAGGAAGAAAAAAUACCUUUCUAGAUUAUAAAAACAAGAAGUUAAAAAAGUCGUAGAAUGAGGAUUUUUCUUAAGGGGUUAGUCCAUGGGUUUGGUCAAAAAGUGGCAAUUUUUCCGUUUUUUAGUUUAGGCAAAAUAGGGCAGGAAAAUGUGUUUCACCAUAUUCUAGAAAGAAAAGAAGUCCUUUCUAGCCUAUGAAAACAACUUUAAAACUUCUACAAAUUGGGAUUUUUCCAAGGUUAGUCCAUGGUUUGGUUAAAAAGUGGCAAUUUUUCCAGCUUAAGUUUGUAGUUUAGGCAAAAUAGGCCAGGAAAAUUUGUUUCACGAUAUUCUAGAGAGAAAAAACGGGUUAACCCCCUUGGAAAAUUCCGUGUUUGGGACUUUGAAAAAUGAACAUUUUUAUAGAAAAGAAGGGCAUCUUUUUUAUCUAGAACAGCACUUUGUACAUAUUCUGGCUUUAUUUCAAGGAAAAAAUAAAGAAAGAAAAUAUUGAAUUUUUUGGCGAAAAUCAUGGGUUACACCUUUUGGAAUAAUCCAAAUAAGAAUAAUAAUAUUACGUAAACAAAAAUUGAAAUUUUUGACCAAAAUCAUGGGUAACCAGAAGGUAGUCCAGAAAGACUUCAUUUUUGUCGAGAACAUCAUGCAACAUGAUUUUUUUUCCUGAUUCAGUUGUCUUUAAUAGUAGGACUCCGUUCCAGGAGACAGUGUUUAUGGCCCUGUUAUAAAAUCUAUUUGCUUCCCUGGUAAAAUAAAGAAACACACAAAGCCACUUUCACUCUCAGUUUAUUGCUGUCUUUGUGAGUUAGCCUGAAAUUCAUCCGAUUGCUUCGAGUAGUUUUCUGAGGGAGUAAUAACGACUCGAAGUAAUCGGAUGAAAUUCAGGCUAUUUGUGAGUAAGAUUAAAUUUAAAACGAAAUGCAAACAGUUUCAACGCUUAUUUUUGGCAGUCAAAGUUCGGUAACCGUUACCUGAAAUGCGGUUGCAGAAUAACAGCUGGGUUAAGAACCUGUCCAUUCGUCCAUUUGCCUCUAGUAGGAAAAUGCCAGGCCAGCUGUACCCCACUUCAAAGGUAUCCUGGGCUUGACCAAGAAGCAAUGAGUUACCUACUGAAAUUGCUCAUGGAAUAAUCAAGAUACCUUGAGCCCAAGAAAAUGACAUAGAAAUAUUGAUAAGUAUCUGGACACUUGAGAUAAUAAUUAUUUCCAAGAGUGCUGGAUCACAACAUUAAGUCCUUUUGCUGGAUUGAAUGAAUACUGCAAAAUGUCGUUGACCUGCAAAUAGGCAUUGUAAGUUGAUUACACACUUUUAUAUAUGCUUUACUGGGAAAUAAAUACAUGCUGUUCCUAUUGAGGAAUUCUGAUAAGAGACAAGUUUCGUGGUUGUAGAUGUACAGUGAGUCACUAGACUCUUUGCACCAACAGAAAUGUAUUUCUUUAAAGGGAGCUCUGCAGGACUGAGGUAGUUUCCACUAAACAUUAAGUAACUUUCAGACUCAGCAGGAGAUUCUGUCUUUGUCUCAUUUAUCAACUGACACAGAUAAGGGAUGUUGUGGAAGAAUAAUGCCAAAAACCAUGGCAAUUUACGACCUGAAUCGGUGAAGAACAUGCUGAAAAAUGAGGAAUAAAAAAAUCCUUAGUAAAUAAAUUUAAUUAAAAAUACAUAACUAAUACUUGUGUUAUUAGCUACAAUCGGCGACAAAAUUGUUGAGACAUUGUACUCAAAUACAGUAACUUCAGAGAACAUAAGAAUCUACACCCCUCCCCUAUCCCCUCUACUCAAAGUUGGAAUGUUUCUUGUUUUCUAAAGGUAGCUCGAACAGUGGCACAACAUUGCAUGGAGGGGAUGGGGGAGGAAAAGCUAUCUUUUCCCCUUUUGAAGUCCAGAAAACGUCAAAAAGCCCAUUUAGGGCGAAGUGUCUCAACUCAUUUUGUCGUCGAUUGUAGCUUAACCAUGAGCUUUUGAAAGCUAGGAAAGAAAAAUAAAAGAACAAAGAAAUUAAGUCUUACCAGCAAUCCAUCUUAUUAUCCAUUUUACUUCUUCUCCAGCUGAGCUCUGCUUUCCUGCUAAUGACAGACCAGCAAAUUAUUGAUGUAGCUGUACCAGGGGAUGCUAAGGUGGAACGGAAGGAGAAAGAGAAGAUUGAUAAAUAUCAAGACCUGGCAAAAGAAUUGAGAAAACUAUGGAAAGUCAAAACAAGAGUUGUGCCUAUUGUUAUUGGUGCUCUUAGGACAAUCCCAAUAAAGGAUUAGUUGGCCAAAUUGAAAGAUUAGGGGUGAAUCUUGAUGUGGCUCAGAUUCAAAAGACUGCCCUAUUAAGAACAGUUCGAAAUCUUUGACGGUGUCUGGACUACUAAGGUUGUGUAUAGGACUUGUACCAGGGCUGGCUACCAGUUGCACCCCAGGGGCCCCACUGAAAUAUUUUAAUGAUGGGGGUCCGACAGAGGUUCAUAUUUUAUACCCAAAAAAAUCCCAACUUCAGAAUUUGUCUACCCAAAAAAAUCCCUACUUUUUUUAGCAUACCCAAAAAAAUCCCUCCGUUUACUUUGUAUACAGUGUUUCCAUUGUGGUCUUGAUGACUGGCUUGAAAGACCUUGAAUUACGUGACCUGUUGAAUAGUUCUCUCUGGAUAAGAUGCGCGUGGAGUGCCGGUAAUUACUUUUCAAAUAGAUUAUGAUCUCAGAAAUAUCCCGUAAUACCACACAAGCAGUAAAUUGCGUUUAUGUUAUUGUUGAUUUGAGCUGAUGAAAAAUACAAUACCCAAACAAAUCCCUGUGUUGUUUUCGCGACCCAAAAAAAUCCAAGCGUCUUUCAUAGACCCAAAAAAAUCCCUUUUGGCCAAAAUGUCAGACCCCAAAAAAUCCUUCGGACCCCUCCGUCAUUAAAAUAUGUGAGUGGGGUCCCUAGGAGUUGAACAUUAUGCAUCAUCAUCAUCAUAAUAAUAGUAAUAAUAAUAAUAAUAAUAAUAAUAAUUUGUACAGCAUUUAGUCCAGUUCUGCUUUAGGUGCUUUAAGUCAAUCAAUUGAUAAAAAUAAAAUAGUCAGAGUAACAACGUCAUGCUUUGUAAAAAGGUAAGUUCUUAAAUUGUUACAUGAAAAGCCAUUGUUUAGUAACUGUUCCAGUGGCCAGGAGGAGAUAAAAUAAAAACAACAAAGUUGCUUACCACCAAACUAUGGCACUUUCAAAAUCUGGAGGACUAGAUAACAGUCAAACUUCUCCAUUUCAGCUCAGCUAUCUACUUUGGGGCAGACCAGUUAUCUUCAAACAACCUUACUAUUAACUUCAAAGAAAGAUAGAAAAGAUGAAAAAAGAUUUUUAAAUCGAUGUGUUCCAGCAUUAAAUGUAUUAUUCAAGGUGAAAAUGAAAUUCUUGUUCCUUCAAAUCCUGCCAGUCCACUGAUGACGAUCAAGCAAUAACUGUAAAGGAACAGUUGAAGUAUGAGUAGUGACUGAGUAAGAGUGUUGAGUGUCCUCGAUUUCCUGGAGUUGGGUGGUGGGUUUCUCCAAUUGCCAGGUUGACAUCACAGAAAAAGGGCAGGCAUUAAAGAUGCACUUGUAGUUGAACAUUACAAAUAGGGAAGAACAGUUGCAUGAGUUUUUAGGUUUCCUCACUUACGGGUUUAUUGAUUGACCGGCUUUAUGAUAUCUGAUCUCUUGUGUUAUGCAGAUUAAGUGAUACCGGUCUCUGCUGAAACAGUUCAUCAGCAAAACACCACAGACUACACCUUCCACAAGUUCAGUUUUCAUUGAAAUCCGGCCAUACACAAGCAUCCAGCCACCGUAAGGAAUCCAAUCUCAUACAACUAGUAUCUUCCAUAAGUUUCCAGUCUGGUAUCUGGAAUGUAUGGGGCACACAUAUAGUCAGUAUGAGCCCUGACUGGGAAGGCACGUUGGGUAUCCUGAACUUCCUGGAGUUGGGUGGUGGGUUUCUCUAAUUGCCAGGUUGACAUCACAGCAAAAAGGGCAGGCAUCAGGGAUGCACUUGUAGUUAAACACUACAAAUAGGGAAGAACAUGUAGCAUGAGUUUUUAUACUUGCUGGUUUAUUGGUUGACCGGUUCUAUGAUAUCUGAAGACUUGAGUUAUGCAGAUUAAGUGAUGCUGGCUUCUGCCAAAACAGUUCAUCGGCUAAACACCACUACAGCUUCCACAAGUUCAGUUUCCAUUGGAAUCCGGCCAUACACAAGCAUCCAGCCACUGUGAGGAAUCCAAUCUCAUGUACAAGUAGUAUCUUCCAUGACCAUAAGUUUCCAUUCUGGUAUCUGGAAUGUAUGAGGCAGACUUCAGGGAUGCAGAAGUGGAUCGAUGAUCACAAGUGUAGCAGAUCAGUCAGUAUGAGUACUGACUCAUUAGGCAUGUUGGGUAUCCUGGAUUUAAUGCUGUUGGGUGGUGCUUGAAUUCCUCUGAUUGCCAUGUUGACACCACAAAAAAAAGAGAAGGCAACAGGCAUGCUUUUGCCGUUGAACACUACAGAUAGGAAGAACUGUUAGUAUGAGUUUUCAGGUUUCCAUACUUACUGGUUUAAUUGGCUGGCCAGUUCUAUGAUAUCUGAUAUCUUGUGUUAUGCAGAUUAAGUGGCACUGGCUUGCGCUGAACAGUUCAUCAGACAAUGCACUGCACCUACCACAAGUACCGCUUUCAUUAGAAUCUGGCCAUACACAAGCAACCAGCCACUGUAAAGAAUCCAAUCUCAUACCUUCUUCAAGUUUCCAGUCUGGUAUCUGGAAUGUAUGAGGAAGGCAUAAGGGAUGCAGUUGUGGAUUGAUGCACACAACUAGAGGAACAGUCAGUAUGAGUACUGACUGGGUAGGCAUAUUGGGUAUCCUGGAUUUCCUGGAGGUGGGUGGUGGGUUCCUCUGAUUGCCAGGUUGAUACCACAGCACAAUUCGCAGGCAUCAGGGAUGCACUUGAUAUGUUCCAUGAUAAUGAAACUGAUCUGUUGUUAGCUGACAAUGUUGCAAUAAUUGUAGCUCAAUCUUCUGAAGACAUUUAACUUCCUAACUGAUCCUUUUCAGAUGCCAAGUGGUACACAUAGCCUGCGUUGUAGCCGGCCCACGCACUUGUCUAAACCAUUUGUAUAGUCUGUCUGCGAAUUAGUGCACAAAAGCUGGUUCUAAUAUCCUACAGAGUUGCAAGGACAUAUGUGAGCGUUUCCGAUAGGCGGGUUUCUUAUAAGCCUCACAAUAAUAUUGGCCUAAUUCUUAGGUUUGCAUGAUGGUUGGAGCCCAGUGACAUGUCAAAAUUCACAGUAGGGAGUUAGCAAGGACCGUUUACAGUAAACAAUGAAAGAGUAGUUCGAUCUUUAAAGCCUUCCUCUGAACAAAAAAAAUUGUUUAAGAGUUUCUUUAAGGCCAGAAUUUGCUUGUAAAUUUGUCGACUGGUUUUCCAGCAUCUUAAAGUCGCUGCAGAUGCACUGCUGUGUAAAAAGCCUAAGGCUUAAACAGGGGUAAGCGAAAAUCAAUUCAUGGUAAACUGCAUCUGGGAUCAUCAUCAAAUCCUGUGUCACUGCAGAAACAUAAACCACAGGAACUAAUAAUAUUAUUAGUUCCUGUGGUUUAUUCAAUAUGCGUGGAACAGACCAGAUUCCUAAGACUCCUAACCUCUAAUGUGAGACUGAAAGCGGCAAAAAAAAUUGCUCGGUCAAAGUAUAGAAUACUCCAUGCACUGCAUAAACUACAUAAAAAGAAAACAAGAAAAACCUCUGUUGUUCAAGCUAACACUAAGGUCACGUUUCACACUAUCAAGAGCUCAAUCUCUCUUGUCACAAGCUAUUAAUCGUGUUUGGCCUGUCAACACUUAAUUCAAAUCGGACUAAUCACAAACUGCGUAAGAAACUACCCAAUCAAAAACACCAACAUAUGUCGUGGCGACCGUGUGGGAUUCGAACAAGAUUUUGUGUACUAAUUCGCAGACGUUCUAUACAGAAGGUUUAGAGCAUCUGCAACGCAGGCAAGGUACACAAAGCUGCACCUAGGUUCUUCUAUCCCUUUUUUCCUCGUGAGGUUUCAGUAGCAAGCGGUGUUUUACAAGGCAGGGUUGUUAGCCUGGAGGACUAGAGUGCUAUUUAGUCUGGCCUCUCUCCCUUUGACCAAUCCGGCAUAGUUGAACCUGCCAGGAGCAAAACUCCCGCCAUCAUAGCACUAGGGGUCAUAAGGGCACACAAGCCUCCCUGCCACGUCCAGGCACAGCAUCAGGGGAGGGAAGAGCUGUUAACCUGCUUUUAAGAUGUUUUCAACCUUCCUUUGUUUCUCUGGAUUGGGGAUAAGUAAAUCCAAGAUUGUUGUGUUACACAUAUAUCAUUAUUUUAAGCUAAAGGACAAGAAGAUACACCAGUGCUUCUUCAUCCCUUUGUGGGUAACAAAUAGGGUAGUGUCUACAGCAAAACGUAUAACACUAGUAGCAAAAAUUAAUGAAGGAUGAAUCAGCUCCGAUUUCAUGUACAUGAUACAAGUCAAUAAAACUUACUCAUAUGAGUAAAUCACAACAACUAAAUGAAAUAUAGAGGAAGAAAUGAUGCUGCAAUACUACUGUGACUACAAACACAAUAAGUCUGGACUGUACUCGGUGACGACAUGAAGCCAUUGGCGACGAGGAGGGUAUAAAUCAUAACUGUAAACCUUGCAACGCUAAUGGCUGCAACGUUGGAGUUUACAUAUUUAGCAACUGAAUUACCUGAUGAAUAUUAACAGUAGAGUUGUGGCUGGCCUCAAUGAUGAUGUCGGUACAGCACAUUCUUCUGACUCUUAUCCUGAGACAAAUCUGCAACUAUUAUUCCUCACAAAACUUGAAAGUUGAAUCGUCCGGCAAGCUAUUCUUCAUGUUUACCCGUUUUUUUUCUACACACCGCUUAGUGCGUGGUAGCUAAGCUACUAACGAGAGAUCGAGCCCAGGCUCCUGACAGACAGUGAAAAAGAAGGAAACAAAUAGAAAAGGGAAAAAUAGAAGAAGCCGCUUAAACUCCAUCUCCUUCGAUUUGUUAAACGUACGCGAACGACCGCAUUAAAUUCAACUAAAGUGGUAAACGCUUCCUCUCUGUGUUUUUGUUUUGUCAGCUCUUAGUCAACUUUAAAAAAAUAAUAAUAAUAAAAUAAAAAAAUAGCCAUGGGCGACUACCCAAACCAACCAAAAUGGAAAUUUACUGCGGAAAUUUUCGGCUUUGUCAACACCCUACGACGUGGUCCAGUUCAGGCUGGAGCCAGUUUACCGAUGCAAAAUUAAUUUUGCGAAGUCAUGAGAAUUUUCCAGAAAAACCAAAGAUCGUGCAAUCGUUUCAUCAACUUCCGUCAGCAUGACCGCGCAUUCCUGGUUCCAGAUUUUCUGACGACACUUCCGGUAAAACCUCCAUAUAUGGCAAUGGGCCCCUGUACCGCGAAGUUUGUUUACAUCACUGCCAUGCAGUUUCACACGAGUUGAGUUUGUGUAAAAGAAGGCUGAAUCGUUAGGAAGGCACGUCACUCCAUAUUCGAUUCGAGAGCUUUGACAACGGGGUUGAAAGCAUCAAAAUGUCCUUUUUCCCAAGAAUUCGUAUGCUUUUGCCAGCGGUGCAUCGCAUUCGGUAAGUUAUGGCCCAGCUUUAAUUUCUGACACAGCGCGCGUACAUGUAGCAAAUAAGAAGCAAAUUAUUUUCCCGGGAAAACCACGAAUAAACUACACAUAUGGCGAAUGCUGUUGGCAAAUGCACUACCAGUUUUAUCUGCACGUGAUCUAUGCCGGGGCUUAACUUGUUUAUAGGCAACCUUUCACCGAUACUCAAAAUCAGUCUGUCAAAUGCUAGAGUUAUUUAUUUAAUAUUUGGAAAGAUACUGGAAAAUAGCUGAAAGUAUUUUAAAUUUAUUUAUUUCCAUCACAUGUCAAUACCUAGGAAUGCUUCAUACCUUUGGCCAAAUUAUGAUCGUUACUUUCCAUCCUUAUGGGAAUCAUGGUAUACACCUUGGUAUACAAAGCCACGAGUUGGAACAAGCUACACUUACAUAGAGUUUGUAGAGACGGGGAGGGGAAGGACAAAAAAGAAGAGCUGCACGAAUGAAAAAGAACCAGCCACAAAAUCAGAGCAAAAGACUCAGGAGGAACUCAAGGAAGAUCAUGACACCUUCAAAGUAAGCUAAUAAUAACUAGUAAUAAUAAUUGCAAAUUAGGGAAUUCAUUCAGCAGGGAGGGGUGAUAAGGCAAGGGUAGGCAGCAUCUCUUGAGCGGUCAUCACUGCUCUCAUACGCCUUAUUCCAAAAUGGUGAAUACUUUAUUAUUCUUUUAUAUUAUUAUUUAUGUUAAUUAGCCCUCGAUGCCUUGAUUCCAGCCAGAAAUUCUUUUGACUUCUCAAGAUGCGAUUGAGGCAUUGAGGGUCAAUUAAAAGAAUAAUGAAAUUGUUGCCAUCUUGGAAUAUGGUGUAUUAGUUGCCCAGGUCUCUAUUAAGGCAAACCUGUUGAUUAAGCAGGAUUGGUAAUAAUGACGACAAUGGGAUAAUGAUGAUAAUGAUGAUGGUGAUAAUGAAAUGGAUUCGACUCCAAUGAUGAUUUCAUAAUAUUCUUAUAUUAUUUUUUUGUCAUCAAACAAAUAGGUGUCCUUUGAUGUGUCAAAGUUCAAGCCAGAGGAAAUUACCAUCCGCUCAGAAAAUGGUGAGUUAGUGGUGGAAGGCAAGCAAGAGGCGAAGAGUGAUGGUUACUCCACACGCCAUUUUGUCCGUUCAUACUCACUGCCCAGGAAUAUUGACAGAGACUCCUUCAAGUCUCGUUUGUCAAAAGAAGGUAUUCUCAGUAUUGAGGCCAAAAAGCUGGAGAAGCCUGAGGAAAAGGAUUUCAUCAAGAUUGAGACUGAAAAUUGA